UAUGAUCUCAAGUUACGUCACUUGAUCUGUCGCUGGGUCGUAAGUGUUUCAUUUUCUUAUCUCGCAACGUGCAAAGAAUAUACAAGUGCUUGAAAGGAAUUCGCCAAGGUUGUCCUUAUUUUUACGCUCUCCAUUGACCCAGGCAACAGUUCGAGAUGUGGUUGUUUGUGCUCUUCUUCAUAGUGAUAUGUUUGUACACUUACGUGCCAUUGUGGCGAUGGCAAAACCGACCGCCAGGUCCCUUUGUAUUCCCUUUCAUGGGGAGUCUUCCUGCAUUGGGCCAAGCUGAUUCUAAGGCCAUCGAAUUCCCCUAUCGAGCCAUGCAUCGCCUUUCCAAGCAAUUCGGUCCGAUCAUGUCCAUGGCAUUGGGACAGGAUAUGUGGGUGGUUCUAACCGGAUUGGAAGAAAUCAAGGCCUUCACCAUGAUGGAUGAAACCGUGGCCAGGCCCAACUUGAAGGCUUUGUAUGAGAUCUACUCUUUUGAUAAGCCGUUAGGUGUCAUCUUUCCGGAUGGACCACUUUGGAAAGAACAAAGAAAAUUCAUGAUGAGGACCUUGAGAGAGUUCGGCCUCGGCAAACAGACCAUGGAGGAUCAUAUCCAAGAGGAGAUCAAGUUCUCGAUUCAAUAUCUCAAGCAACAAGCCACUCAGGAGGGUAAUCGUGUUGUGGCCAUGCAAGACUUCUACAAUCUCCCUUGUCUCAAUGUGAUUUGGAGGCUGGUUUGCGGCAGGAGAUUUGAUUACGACGAUCAACGAUUGGCUCAGUUGAUUGAGCACAUGGAGACCUUCACCAUGGAACAGGCUAUUGGACCCAUUGCGGGGAUCAGCUUCCUCAAGCAUAUUCCCCCUUUCCGACAGAUCUACCAUAAGAUUAAAGCUCAAAUGGACAUCUUCAAAGGGUUCCUUCGUCAAUUUGUGCAAGAAGAGAAGAGCUCUCUCCCAUCGGACUUCGACCGUGGCUACAUUGAUUCGUUCCUCCGAGCUCAAGCGAAAGGACGGGUUUCCGGAGAUUAUUUCACAGAUGAGCAACUCAUCAUUUCGGUUCAAGAUUUCUUCACGGGGGGUUCAGGUACCAUGUCGAAGACUCUUGCCUAUGCUUUCCUGUACAUGAUCAAUCAUCCUGACGCCCAAGAGCGAGCCCGACAGGAAAUUGAAUCCGUUUUGGGCGAUCGAGAGGAGGUGACUCUGGAUGAUCGUCCUUCUCUGCCUUUUGUCGAGGCCAUUGUGAUGGAGGUUCAGCGACUCUCUAGCGUUCUACCCAUUGCUCCUCCUCGUAUACCCACCAAGGACGUGUGGAUCGGGAAGCAUUUGAUCAAGAAUGGCACUCAAGUCCAGAUUAACCUGUAUUCUCUUCAUCGGAACGAGACUCAUUGGACGGAUCCGGAGGAUUUCAAACCCGAGCGAUUCCUGGACGAUCACGGUCAACUCAAGAGCCAUGAUGAAUGGCUUCAACCUUUUGGCUACGGCAAGCGGAAAUGUCUGGGCGAAACCGUGGCCAAACUCACGGUGCUUCUCUUUCUAGCCAAUUUUCUAACCACUUUUAGAUUUUCUCGCAUUCCUGAUGCGCCUCCCUUGAGCGUGGAUCCCAUUGGAGGCCUCACCAUUGGACCGCAAAAGUUUAAUGCCAAAGUGGAGAUCCUCAAGCGGGAUUAACAAAUUUGUCAUUUCGUUCCAAGCAUUUCAUACAUUGCUGAACGAGAAUAAAAGACAUUCCUUUCUUUUGUUGCGA